UCCAGCUGACAGGAUACUGAUCAUUUCUCAGUAAGCAUCGUACAAAUGUGUGAGGUACUAUUUGUUACAAGAAAAAAAAACCUUUUUGGAUUUGAAAUGACUAGUCUUAAUGACUUCGAAGGUGUUAGUAUUUCUUUUGAAAGGUUUCGUGGUUUGUAGAGUCUCGAAAUUCCGAAGCCUGCUGUUAAAGGGUCUUUUUCCAACAUCGUAAAAACAUUAUGAAUAUCAACAGAAUAGUUACCAACAUCGUCAAAUUAUGAUUACAUCAUGAAUUGUUCUCUCAGAUACACUCUCGCAUACCUAGGGUCCCUAAGUUGUCAAAACCUUUCUAGUACUAUUGAGAGCAGCCCAUUUCUUUCAUGAGACCUGCCUCAAGGGACCAGCCAGUUCAUGUUUCCAUUUCCAUUUAAAGCGCCUAACGCCUAACUAAAGGGAACUUGGCGUGCCAGGAUCCCUGGUGUUAGAACGUCCUCUGUUUGGAUGGCUUUUUUGAGCUGGCUUUCCUUCGGAGGAAUUUGUGGGAGGAGAGGCCUAAGAAUCUAAGGAAUGGAACAGCUGUGGUUGUUGUGGAUCUCGCCGUAGUGGAUUGGUGCAGAUGAGAAUGACAGCUGUCCUUGGUUCAGUGGAACAGAAUUGUCGGACCCUUGGUUGGGUGGUGAAUAGUGUUGACUUGUCAUCUCGUAUCAUCAUCAUCAUCAUCAUCAUCAUCAUCAUCAUCAUCAUCAUCAUCAUCAUCAUCAUCGUCUUUAUCAUCAUGGAAGGCGUGUUCAUCGUGUGCGACCAGACCUCGGCCAAGCAGCCAUUCUUUCGGCAAGUGUUUCUCCACGCCGAUGUGUGCUUCACCUAUCUACUCGGUCUCUAUCUGGUCAUCCUGUACAUCGUCCUCAUGAGCAACACCAUCUACAAUGACACCAACGAAUACGUGGGCAACAAUGACUUCUACAUGGUGCCCAACUCGCUCUCCGAGAAAUGAACGUCCUACCAUUGGCGGGCACCAUGGCACAAUCAAUGGGUCCGAGUCGGAUCCCAAUCUUGAAUCCCAAGCCUGCGAUUAGUCCGCAUAAGCCGCAAGUGGACUUGAGCGCCCGCACCUCUUUAAAUAAUGCGGUACAUCCAAUUGAAACGGACUUGAGCGACAAAGUUGUGGCUAG